AUGCACACCGAGCUCUUAACCGCUCUACUAACACUUGUGAUGGGCUCGUUCGCCUCCCAAGAACACUUUCAGAGUUUUGAUGACGGGGUGCGACCAACAGCACAACAAUGUUGCAAUUCUCUUGAAGCUGUUUUGGUUUCCUCAGUAAUCCUCUACCCCGGCUCAUCGGGAUAUACCGAUCAAUUAGGUUCCUACUACUCUCUGGACCAAGCCACCCAACGGCCAGCUUGCCGCAUAGCUCCUAGCACUGCUGAGGACGUUGCGCUUAUCGUGAAAUAUGCGACUUCUUCUAGAUGUGAAUUCGCCGUUCGUUCGGGUGGCCAUAUGAGCUGGGAGGGCUCCUCAAAUAUCGGACACAACGGAUUCACCAUUGACCUAGAGGGCCUGAAGCUGAUAGAACUGCAGGAUGGUGGAGAAACCCUUUCUAUCGCUCCCGGGUUAACAUGGGGAGAAGUCUACGCGUUUCUGAAGCCACAUGGGCUACAUACGGUGGGUGCUCGUUCCCCUGGAGUCGGCGUUGGGGGUUUCCUGUUAGGAGGCGGAGUGUCUUUCCUAUCAACGGAACAUGGACUUGGGAGCGACAACGUCCUCGACUAUGAAGUCGUCCUCUCCAACGGAUCCAUCGUACAUGCCAACAAGGCUGAGCGCUCCGAUCUCUUCUGGGCGCUGAAAGGCGGAAGCACCAACUAUGGAAUAGUGACCCGCUUCCUGAUGCCGACGAUGCCCCUUACUCAAUUGUGGGGUGGUUUCCUUACGUACUCUGCAAAUGCAGUCCCUCAGCUUUACGAGCGAAUGGUUAAGGUCACUGACCAGCUGAAAGUGGAUCCGCGCGGCCUAAUGAUUAUCUGUACUGCGUGGAACCCUGCUACAAAAGAGCACACCGUAUGGGCACUCGCCCUCUACCUCGCUCCUCAUGAAUACCCCAGCCCACUCUUCGAUGGAUUACAAGACAUCGCACCCAUAGGAGGCACGACGAGGGUCACCAAUUUGGGGGAGAUCCUUGAUGAAGCAGGUCAAGCGCUUCCAAAGAGUCAAUAUUCGCAGUGGUUUACCUUGACCUUCAAGGCUGAUGCGAAACUACCAUGGGAUGUUCAGCUCAAAGGCGAGGAUAUUUUUGGGGACCUCGAAAGUUCCGACGCACACUGGGAGGUCCUUGUACAGCCCAUGAACGAAGGCAUGUUUUCCGCGGGUCAGAAACGUGGCGGAAACCCAUUCGGCCUCUCCCGCACUCACGAAAACUUAUGUCUAGUCAUGCUUGUAAUGGUCUUCUGGACCAACCCUGAAGAGAGCGCCCUCAUAAAGGCAAAAACGCAAGAGUACCUAAAGGUGUCGAUGGACCUGGCACGAGAACGCGGGUUGCUAACCGAGUUCAUCUACGCGAACUACGCGUCGGGAACUCAGAAUGUUCUGGAGAGUUACGGCGAAGAAAAUAUCAAGAAGAUGAGAGCUGUAAAGGAGAAAUACGACCCCAACAACCUCUUGGAAGUGUGGAAAGGUGGCUGGAAAUUGUAG